AUGUAGCCUAAAGGAUAUUUGUAUAAGCAUUUUAUAAUUAUUUAUACUUAGAAUAAAAAAAGACUAUACUUAUAGUUUUAAACUAAUAUUCAUUUUUAAAAUUUGAAGGCUAAGUACUUUUAGUUGAAGGAAAAACAAUAAAAAUCCAACCUUUUUAGACUAAAUAAUUAUAAAACUUCGAUUUUUCUUAUUUUUAAGCAAAAGAAGAUAAUAAGAACUGCGAAUAUUUUCAAAACGAAAUAACAAACAAAUAAAAAGAGGAAAAAUAUAACUUUAAAUUAUAAAACUGGUAAUUUUUUUUUAUAAAAUAUGGGCAUAUUUGUAUUCUGUGUAUUUUUAACGUCAACUAUAGUGCAUUAAAUAUCCUAAGGAGUAUUUGAAUAUUGGUCACAUACAUUUAUUUUAUCUUUAAAUAAUUUAAAUUACAAACCAUUAUUUAUUAUAGGAGAUUAUAAAUAAACUUUAGCCAUUAUUUUCAUUUUUUUGAGCUUUUUUAAUAUAUUGAGGAGUUUUAUGUUAUCAUAUGCAAGUACAACUACUUCUUAAAAAAUUUUUAAUUAAAUUAUAAGAAAUACAAUCUAUGCAAAGAUUAAAAUUUUCGAAGGAAAAUACACUGUUGGUAUGAUAUUAUAAAGAAUGUUUGAUGAUAUUUCAUUUUUAGAUGAUUUACAAAUUAAUUAUUUUUUUAUAGUUUUUUUUAAUUUAGCUUAGCUUGUAUUUAUUUUAACUACAGAACUAUAUUUAAUGUUUAUUCGUAUAAAAAUUUAAAAAUAUAUAUAUAUAUAUAUAUAUAUAUUAUAUAUAUAUAUAUAAUUUAUUUUUUAAUAUAAAAAUAUAUAGCUAUUAGUAUUUCCAUAUUCUUAAUUAAUAGAAUCUUAUAAUAUGAAAAAAAUCAAAUAUAUAAAGAUAAAUCUAAAUAAUGAAUGUUAAAAAAAUACAUAUAUAAAUAAAUAUAUAUUCAAUUUUAUACAAAAGUCGAAAAUAGCGCCUUUUUAUCUUUCUAAUUGUGUUGAUUAUUUAUCUAUUUCAAUAGUUUUAAUUAUCGCAUUUUAUUAAGCUAAUCUUAAUACCUAAUCUUUUAAUCCUUCUAUUUAUUCUAUGGCAUUAGCUUAUAGUUAUAGAAUGAUAGGCUGUGUAUUAAAUUUUAUUAUUUAAUAUUUUUUUAUAUUUGUAUUUAAGAUAAGAAAUGCAUUAAGAUCAGGUUAAAAUUUUAAAAUAAUAGAAAAAGUGAUUGAAAGAACACGUGAAUAUUGUGAAGAAAAAAAUGAGUUUAGAGAAAUAGAUAUAAAUAAAAUUAAUUAAAAAUCUAAUAAAUUUAACUAUUUGAUUGAGUAUUCUAAUGUUUUCUUAUAAUAUAACGAAAAUUAGAACUUUGCUUUAAAUGACGUAUCUUUUUAAAUUUAAAAAGGAUAAAAAGUUGCUUUUUGUGGAAGAACUGGAUCUGGAAAAACCUCAAUAAUAAACAGUCUUUUAAAAUUAUAUGAUAUUAAUAAAGGAGAAAUUAUAUUAAAGGAUUCAAAUAUAAAAUAUUUAUCAUUAAAAGAAUUAAGAGAUAAUUUUAGUGUAAUUCCAUAAAAUGGAUUUCUUUUUCAAGGAAAACUUAGAGAUAAUAUAGACCCUAUGAGAAAUUAUUGUGACAAUCAUAUAUUAUAAUAUUUUAAUGAUUUAAAUAUAUAAUUCGAGAGAAUAAAAUGUAAAGAAAACCUUUUAGAUUUCGAAGUUGAAAAAGCCGGAAAUAAUCUUUCAAACGGUGAAAAGCAAAUAGUUAAUUUCCUAUAAUCAGUUAUAUAAGAAAAGGAAAUUAUUAUUUUAGAUGAAGCAACGUCUAAUAUGGACCCUUUAACUAAUGAUAAAAUAAUGAAAUUCCUUUUAGAUAAAAUAUGUUUUGACAAAACUCUUAUUCUGGUUAGCCAUAGACUUGAUAAUUUAAAGGAUUUCGAUGUUAUUUUUGUAAUGGAAAACGAAAAAAAAAUUAUUUAAAUAAACGGAGAAUUAGCAGAAAACCCUUUUUAUGUUCCAGAAGAUACUGAAAUAUUAAAAAUGAAAGAAAAAGAGAAAGAAACAAGAAUGCAUGAAAGAUAAAAAAACGAAAACUUAAAAAUAUGGGAAAAAGGUAUAAAAAAUAAAGGUACAUUUACAGUUGGAAAACUAAACGAAUUAUAUAAAAUCGAAGAAGAAUAUGACGAUGAAAACCUAACAUUAAAUAUAGUAGAUGCUGCUAAAAACGCAAUAAAAAAUCGUGUAAAAUAAAAAGAACCAAUGCAUUAAUUUAUUGAAAAAAAACGUGAAAUGUUAUUGUUUUAAAUGCUUAUUGAUCAUAAACGGGAAUAAAUCAAUUAAUUUGAAGAAUAAACUAGAUUACAUAAAAGAGGUUUGGAAAAGUCCGAAUAAAUGUUGGAUGAAGAUAUGGAGUCUUUUAAUAAAUUUUUAGAAGAAAAUAAAAAUAGUUCGAGAUAAGCCAUUAAAGCAGCUGAAGAUGAAACUAAAAAAAAAUAAGAAAAAAUUGCUGAAAUCAAAAAUCUUUUGGAAUUAAAAGCUGAUUUAACUACUAGAAUUUCAUAAAAACUUGAAAAUUUAGAAGAAAUGUGGGGAUAGAAGAGCUUUUUGGAUUAAAUCACUCCAAAGGAGUAUAUAGAGGAGUAAUUAAGGUAAAAUAAAUUAAAAAGAGAAAUUUCAUAGAGAAGUAAAUCAUAGAAAAAUAAUACAUCGGAAAUAAUUAGAGGUUUAAUCAAUAAUUUAAAACCAGAAAUAUAAUAACUUUUAAAUGAAAGUGAUGAAGAAUUUGAACCAUAUUUUAAAAGACCGGAAUAAUUGGAUAAAAUUUUCAUUGAUUUAUAAGAAAAAAAUUUGUCUUUAAUUUAAAAUACAUAAGAUUUAGAAUAAAUGGCAGAAGAAAUUAAACAUAGAUAUUAGAAAAGGUAAAAAAUAUUAAAUGAAGAAAAAAAUAAUAGAAUUUAAGCUAAAAAUGAACUAUAGAAAAGCUUAGAUUAAGUAAACGAAUAAAUUAAAAGAUUAAAAUAAAUAAAAAAUGAUAAUUAAGCGCCUUCUUAAUUAGCUUAAAUUGAAUCGGAAAUUCAUAAAAUAUAUAAAAAUGAAUUUUUAGCUUAAGAAAAAAAUGCAGAUAUAAGAAAAGAUAUAAGUGGAAUAGAAAUGCUAAAAGAAAUGGAAAAAAAACUUGAAAAUUAAAUCAAAGAUUUAAAAUUUUAUAGAUAAAACGAUCCAAAGAGACUUUAAGAAUAAGAAAGAAUUUGUACAGGAAUAAGAAGAGAAAAUAUUAAAUAAAGUCUCAAAGAAUAAGAAAAAAAAGAAUAAGAAUAAAGAAAAAGAGAAUAAGAUUUACCUUAAAAAGAAAAAAGAUAUGGAAGACCUAUUAUGGCCAAGUCUUUAUUAUAAAAAUAAGAAAAAGAAGAAAAAGUAGUAGAAGAAGAACCAGAAGAAGAAAAAGAAAGAAAAUAAUUUUUUAUGUGA